AUGGUCACCGCGCCGCCGUCGCCGGACGUCGAUCCGUCGCCGGGGCAGCAAGCCUCCGCAGCUCAGCGCGACUACAGCGAGGAGUGCGACUCGACGUGGGCCGACACGGUGACGACGUCCACGCAGAAGAUGCUCUUCGCGCCCUACGCCCACCGCGUGCUCAAGCAGGUCCACCCGGACAAGGGAAUCACCGACGAGGCCCUCCAGGUGGUCGAGGACUUCACGCUGGACACCCUGGCCAAGGUGGGCGCCUCGGCGAGCGCGCUGCGGGAGGGCGGACGGCAACGCUGCGAGUGCCCCGGGGGACUGUCCCCGCGCGACGUGCAGACCGCCGUGCGCCUCGUGUUUCCGGGGGAGCUCGCCAAGCAUGCCGUGUCGGAGGGCACCAAGGCCGUGAGGAGG